AUCGGUCUCGGCACUGAAGCCUACGCCCACCACAAAGAAAAGAAAGAGCGCGCCAAUUCAGGCGUCUCGAACUCUCAGUCGCCAGCCAACAGCUCCGAAUCCAUCAAGUCAAAUGUCAGCUCAUACGACUCCGACGAAGAUGAAUGGGCACGCGACGCUGCACAAGAACAACUCCUAGACCGCGAAUCCAUGAUCGACAACCGCAGCGUCGAUCAGAUCGUAGACGACUUCACAAGAGCCCACCCACCGCCAACCGUCUCGGUAGCAGGAAACCUCCCCUUCCCAGUCAUAAUCCCCCAAAAGCGCCCCGAAGCGCGCAACCACGGCUUCAUCCGCGUCUACGCCCCGGCCCUCUCCGCGGCGGGCAUUGACGAGCCCACCUUCCUCGACAACUACACCGCCAGCAUCAAAGGCAGCGGAUACUUCAACGCCGUCAACGUCGCCAUCGCCGCGUCCGUCAUCGCCUACACCGUCUCGGCCGUGUCCGUCAACCCGGCCGUGCACUUCGCCGCCUUCUGCGUGCACGCCUCCAUCGAAGCCGGCCGCCGCGUGCAGAACGUCACGCAGAUCAACAAGUACCUCCUACGCAUGAACGAAGAGCUGUUCAAGCCGCGCAGGCUGUACGCCAUGCUCAUGACCUUCAAGCCUACCAGCGACGCGAGCAACGUCGACGUCGACAUCAGCGCCAACAUCCUGAAAUCCGUGUACGCGCGCAACGGCGGCGGCCGCAAGAAGGUGCGCUCGGCCAGCGGGAAGUCGGUCGGCGAGGCGCAGAUGCCUGAGUGCUGCCCGCUCGUGUUCCCGACGCUGGACGCGCCGGGCACGACGGAGGCGCAGAAGCAGGGCGCGUUCAAGCGUGCGGGCGCGUUCGUGAGCGACUAUAAAGAUCGGAAAGCUAGGGCGCAGUUCCGGUAUAAUAACCCAGACUCAACGCUGAAUGUGCUGCCGCAGGAGAGGUUUGCGAGUGUCUUCAGUGACCCGAACCAUCCGAUGCAUAAGGGGGGCCCGUUGAAUACGCUGACGGGCGGG